CCAAGGAGCGUCUGGUGGAUUCGAACUGCCGAACUUUUGGUUAGCAGUCUGUAGCUCUUAACCGCUGCACCACCAAAGUCCACCUUUAUUCAGAUUAAUCUUUGUUCCUGAAUGUUCUUUCCCAUCCCAUCCAUCCCCGCUGAUAUGCAGAGCUGAAGUAGGUCCGUUUUUGGUGGGUGUGGUGUUCGUUGUCUGGAUAGAGCAGAACACACCCCAAUUUAUGAAGCCGUUCCACUGCCGGGUGCCUUCGGUCAGCUCCGGUGAGCCUCGUCAAAGUUUGAACCCGACCCAGGCGUCACUGGUUGCAGUGGAUCAGAAGCUUAAGAGCUUUGGUACGAGACAAAUUAAGGACAUGGAAAUAAGGAUCCAGUGACAGGACGCUAUUCUGCCUGGGAGUUCUGAAGAUAAAAAGCUUUGGAAAGGCGAAUUCAUGGUCGUGGAAACCGAGCGCAUUUUAGGAAAUGUCAGGUUGGUCGGGGCUCCUGGCGCUUGAAAUCAGCUGAAGACCAGUCUGCAGAGACAUAAAGGGACCUGCCUCAGGGACUGUGUGCAUUUCUUUAAAGUCCAAACCCCGGGUGGCACAGUUAAGUGCUGGACAACCAGUCAAAAGGUUGGGGAUUCAGACUCACCCGGAGGCGCCUCGGAAGACAGGCCUGGCGAUCUGCUUCCGAGAGGUCACAGCCUUGAAAACCCUACGAAACAGUUCUACUCUGCACACAUGGGGUCGCCAGGAGUUGGAAUCAACUUGAUGGCCACUGACGGCAAAACCCAAACGACGCGAACUUUCUUGGAGGAGGCCCAGAGGAGGUGUCCUCCCCUGCUUAGCAAUCCUGGGCCUGGCGUGCGGGUCACCAGUUGUUCUCCUUGCGGCGUCCGACCUCCGAUCAUGAACGGGCCCCUGCACCCCCGGCCCCUGGUGGCGCUGCUCGACGGCCGGGACUGCACGGUGGAGAUGCCCAUCCUGAAGGACGUCGCCACCGUGGCAUUUUGUGACGCGCAGUCCACACAAGAGAUUCACGAAAAGGUGGCCCCAACUGGCUGUGGCCAGAAAUCAGACGCCUGGUGGGAGGACCCUACAGUAGAGCCAGAGCAAAAGGGAGGCUGGGGUCGAGCUCACCCUCCCCGCAGCCAGCCCUCAGGUUGGGUCCCCCAGGACCCUGAGCCCAGGCGUGUGAGGGCCGUGUGGGCACUCACAGUGCCCUUCAGAGACUGCCCCAGCACAGCCAAGGUGCAGGCUCAGUGGCUGCUUUCUGGGGUCACGUGGCUCUUAGGCUCCAGGUCCUCGACCACCCCACUGGGGAGGAUGGUGCCAUUCGACAUCUCAGAACAGGCUCCUGAAGCGCUGAGAGGCAUUUCCUACGUGCCAGCUGCCUGCAGACACCAGACAUAUGCCGAGCACGGUCGUGUGGGGCAGGCGGUAGCCCUGCGGGCCAAGGCCUUCGGCUUCAACGUUCUGUUCUACGACCCGUACCUCUCAGACGGCAUCGAGCGGGCCCUCGGGCUGCAGCGGGUGAGCACCCUGCAAGACUUGCUCUUCCACAGUGACUGUGUGACCCUGCACUGCGGUCUCAACGAGCACAACCACCACCUCAUCAACGACUUCACCGUCAAGCAGAUGCGACAAGGGGCAUUCCUGGUGAACACGGCCCGGGGCGGCCUGGUGGAUGAGAAGGCGCUGGCGCAGGCCCUGAAGGAGGGGAGGAUACGUGGCGCAGCCCUGGACGUGCACGAGUCAGAGCCCUUCAGCUUUAGCCAGGGCCCCCUGAAGGACGCACCAAACCUGAUAUGCACGCCCCACGCCGCGUGGUACAGCGAGCAGGCUUCCAUCGAGAUGCGGGAGGAGGCGGCCCGGGAGAUCCGGAGGGCCAUCACAGGCCGGAUCCCCGACAGCCUGAAAAACUGCGUGAACAAAGACCACCUGACAGCUGCCACCCACUGGGCCAGCAUGGACCCAGGCGUGGUGCACCCCGAGCUCAACGGGGCAGCCUACAGGUACCCCCCAGGCGUGGUGGGCGUGGCCCCCACCGGCAUCCCAGCCGCUGUCGAAGGCAUCGUCCCCAGCGCCAUGUCCUUGUCCCACGGCCUGCCCCCUGUGGCCCACCCGCCCCACGCCCCUUCUCCCGGCCAAACUGUCAAGCCCGAGGCAGAUAGAGACCACACUAGUGACCAGUUGUAGCCCGGGCAGAGCUGUCCACCCCGCGCCCCGGCGGAGGGGCCGCGCGGCCCUCGGACCGGCGUGCGCAGAGGCAGCGACGCCACCGUGCAGAGGCCCCGGCGCCCAGAGACUGGCCCGGCACGCGGGCAGGAGCAGCAGCGAGCAGCGGCGCCGGCCUGCGCGUCCCAUUGUAGUCGUCCCGUCCCCGGACUGGCUCAUGUCCUGUGUCCUGCGCGUCUUUCGUUAAGCAAAAGAAGUUAGUAGUUAAUUAUAUCAUGAAUGUACUUGUCUGUGUACAGUUUUUAGAACAUUAAAAAGGAUUUGUUUGCUUAGCUGUCAACAAAAGGAAAACCCGGGCGAGCGUUCGGCAAGUGGAUCCCCAGAUUAUUUUUUCCUUUUCUAUGUUGAAGCGUGCCCCGGAGCGAGGCAGUUGGCAAACUUCUCAGGACAAUGAAUAUUUCCCGUUUUCUUUCCACGCCACACAGUGCAUUGUUUUUUCUACCUGCUUGUCUUAUUUUUAGAAUAAUUUAGAAAAACAAAACAAAGGCUGUUUUCCCCCCGAUUUUGGCAUGAGUCCCCCUGUUCCCCGUGAAGUCAGCGCUGCAAAGCAACCCGAGGGAGGGAGCCGUUUGCACCGACGCCCACCAUGCUCGCCGCGCCUCGCCGCGCCUCGACGCUGAGCCGCGGGCGGCGGGCCACGGCAGCUUCGCCUGGCCAAGGCCGUCCUGCUGAUGUGGUAGGCUAGCAAUAUUUUGGUUAAAAUCAUGUUUGUGACUGUAACCAUUUGUAUGAAUUAUUUUAAAGAAAUAAAAAUCCCAG